AUGGCACCAAAUUCAAGUGAGCUUCUUUGGCUCAAUCGAGUGAAGGUUGCCAAGCAACAGAAAGGGAUGAUCGUCGUCAAGCUUUACCAAUACACAAGUUCUUAUCCGUGGUACUACUUCAUGCUGUCUAUCUCUGUGGUCAUCGCAGACUCGCAGCUGCACAAGAGAAUCGCCGUAGUGGAGCUGGGGACCUUUGUGCAUGUUCCCAAUCCGGUCCAUUGA